GGACGCGGUCUACUCGAUCCUACUCUAGGCGGAAAGCCGUUUCAGUCGGAAGGUAUUUACUGUCGGAUUCGAGCUAGUAGCCGUUGGGUGGUUUAAUCCCGUUUCUAUAAAAGUGUGCGGACUGCAUCUCGGUAAGUAGGCCUUGAUCUGAGAGGAAUUCUGGGCCAAGGUUUCUUCAAUUCUUCGUCAAGUUCUCCUCCCGGGAAGUCGUACCAGGGGAGGACCUCCUUCCAGGCGGGAGCAGCUGGCCUGAGACGGCUACAAGAAACCGGAGCGAGUUCAGCUUUCUACAACAACACGGCACGAGUGUUUUUGUAAAGCUUGUAACAUUUACGUACGUGCACUGGUUGAGUGGUUGUUCUGGCUUGUAACUUGUAACUCAGAGCGACUCCACGGUUCCGCACAUUUGGAGGGAGUGUAGCCAAGACAACUUCAACUGGGUCGAGACUUUCAUUUAAUAGAGACCAUGAAGCCGGUCACUGCUUGCGGAGUCCUGUUCGUUCUACUGCUGGUUCUACAGCUCAGCCUGGCCAGACGACAUCCCUACAAAAAGCACCACCGGUCGUCGGCAAAGAGAGGCAGGAAGACUUACACCAACAAUGUUUACUACAGCCCGAAGGUGAUAAAGAAGCUGCGCGCCCAGAAGCAGAUCGAGGUCGGGCACGGGCUGUGCCGGUACGGGGCCAGGUACGACUGCUGCUACGGCUGGGACAGGAACGAGUAUGGGGACUGCAAACCUGUGUGCCGGGACGCCUGUGUCCAUGGAGUCUGCACCAUGCCCGACAUGUGUACCUGUCACACCGGCUGGAGAGGACGGACAUGUAACAAAGAUUUUAACGAGUGUGGGCACAAGCCGCGCCCCUGCCAGCACCGCUGCAUGAACACCCGGGGCAGCUUCAGGUGUUACUGUAACCAUGGUUACUCACUACAGCCGGACGGGACGUCGUGUGCAAAAUCGCUGGUGUGUGCGUUACGGAAGUGCCAGUUCAUGUGCCGGGAGGUGAAGAAGGGUGUACCGGAGUGUUUCUGUCCAGAGGGGCUGGAGCUGGGACCGGACGGGCGCCACUGUGUCGACGUUGAUGAGUGCUCCCGUGGUCUGGUCACGUGUCCGCGGCGACGGGUCUGUAAGAACACCUUCGGGUCCCACAUGUGCGUGUGUGCGGAGGGACUGUCCUUUAAAUACGUGGACGGGAGGUUACGGUGUACGGGUGCCGAUGUGCAGAUGACAAUCGUGGUGGUGGACCCGAAGGACACCGAGGAGCCGAUCAGCGACUCGCAGGUGCGAGUCCUGUCCGAACCGAAAGGGGGCGGUACCAGCGUGGUUACAACAGGGCGGACGGAUCAAAAUGGUCUGUUGAUGUUGACGGUCCCCUCCGAGAAGCCGCUCAUCAUCGUCGCCAGUAAGGACGGUUUCCUGACCAACGCAGUGACGUUCGAGGCUUUACCUGGACAGAAGAACAUCGCGACCCUGCGGCUGAUGGUGUACCGUGAGACGGAGGAUGUGGUCUACAACAGAGAGGAGCUCACUAGAAUAUUCUUCGAACGGCGGAGUGAUCUGAACGACGCCAGUAGCGUCAUUUUCCCGCCCGGCGCUCUGCUGAUGGACGACAGUGAGCGGGCCACGGUGUCGUUCCGCGGGGUGGACGUGUCACGUGACCGGGUACUGCAGGGGCUGCCUGAGCUGGUGGGCAGCAUCGAGGAAAACAUCAACCAGGUCGACUUCGAGUUUGAAGGAACAUCACGGAUCAACCUGGAGGCUUACGGCGCCGCUGCCGUGGACAUCCGGGCACCUGGCAACCGGCUCGUGAGUGUCAGCUCAACCUUCAACAUCUCCAUCCCUCUAGCGGAGGACUUGGACGGCACAGGUGUGAUGGCUCUGGAAGGCUGGCACUUCGACGAGGACCGCGGCGUGUGGGUACAAGAAGCUAUCGGUGAGAUCAGGCGGGUGAACGGCCGCAUCACCUGGGAGGGCCCGGUGUCGCGCACGGGCUGGUGGGUAGCGGGGCGGCCGUGGAGAGACGCCAGCUGUGUCAGGGUGCGGGUCUGCUUCGACGACGACUGCAACAGGCCCGUGCAAAAUGCCGCCAUUAGACUUGCCGGCCGUGACUAUGGUUACUUCACGCAGCGCUACACCGACACAGACGGGUACACCUGCUUCAACAUCCGGCGGGGCGGGACCGUGCAGCUCCGACCGUGCUUCGGCGCCGAGGUGGUGGUGGCCGGGACCGGACAGCCGGCGGUGUGCAGGCGGGGGAUGGGCGCACAGUGGUUCGACCCGCACCAGCGCUCUACAGGACAGUGUAAGGACGUCAUGAUACGGAUAUCAGAGUUUGACGUGGUAGACUGCGGAGUCCCACAGCUGAACGUGGGCGUGCUGCAGGUUGGUGACGUCACGGGGGACUCGUCCUUCGGCGCGAACGUGACGUACAGGUGCGACGACAGCUCCAACCCGUACGGCGGACACCUGACGCGCCUGUGUCACAGCUGCGGCACCUGGAGCGGUAGUCCACCCAGAUGUGAUGCCUAUGAGACAGCUUUUGAAAGCUUUGCACUCCUAGAUGCCCCCUAGCGGUUUCAGAUGGCACUACAGAAGAUAGAGAGAAACUUGACACAUAUCUUUGCUCAGUUAUGCAUCGUUUGUCAACUGUAUUUCUGCUAUAAAUAUCUAGAUUUUUCAGUGACAGAAAGUAUAAGUAAGGUAGAGAGAUAAUGUCUACUUGCACGUAAGGUGAUUUAGUAGAGUAGAAUAUGAAUAAUACAUUGGUAAGGUUCUUUUUUGAUGAUCUAUGAGUUCUACUUUACAGUUUUUUUUAUUGAAUCCAAACAAACCUGUACAUUUGCCAUAUCUGACUUGUCAGUAAGUUUAUCAGCUAUGUAGUACACUGCAUUGUCUAGUUAUAUAUAUCUAGGUUUGAAUCCGUUCAUGUCAUCAAAUAUCUAAUCAAUCAAACUUGAUCUUAUAAUUAGAACGGCUUCCCUAGUGUCAUAUUUAUGUACUUUUAACUUGGCUGCUUUUAUACAGACUACAUGUUGUGUCUUCAAGUUUUCUUUUGUCGAGCUGAAAAAGGAGUAAUUGUGCUAUUAAGACAUUGUUUAGACUUGGGUUAUCCUAAAGAACAGCAUCAUACAUUAUUUGAUUAAGUCAUCAGCCUGGUAUUCAUCCCUAUAUCUAUCUCAGAUGAUUACUUCCAGCACCAUUUGUGUCAGGUACUGGCUAGACAACACACAUGACUAAAAUAGGAAUGGAUACUAGGCUAUUACGUCACAGGAUGCAGCUACUUUGACCCUCAAGAGCAUUUAUCCCAGCAGUGCUGGAAUAAGAGAUGUACAAAAAUUAGCCAAACUAUUCCAUUCCAGUUUGAACAAAAAGACAACAUAGUGCAACUUUGAAUGUUUAAUGCCUUAAGCAUUUUCUGUGUACCAAGAGAACGUAUGAAAUAUUACAGAUGAUCCUUUUCUACUGUUACACCUGAAAAUUGUCUUUCAGACAACAGCAAUAAAAUGUUUUUGUAUGA